UCGGCCGUGAUCUUGUUACAGGUUCUGCUCUUCCCGGACCUACAGCCGCAAGAUGACGACCAGCAACCGGCCAGUGAAAAUGGCCCUGAUUGAUCUCAGCGGAACGUUACACGUGGACGAUCAACCGACGGAUGGUGCGGUCGAAGCGCUCAAAAGACUUCGACAGCACGGCACACGAGUGCGGUUUGUCACGAAUACGACGAAGGAAAGUGCCGGUGCGCUGUACGCUCGGUUGCGCAAAAUAGGAUUCGAGCUAGAACGGGAUGAGAUUUAUGGUUCUUUGGCGGCGGCCUCGGAUUACGUCCGGAACCAGGGCCUCAAUCCGUACUACCUGCUAACGGAGGAUGCACGCACUGAUAUGCCGGCCGGUGAUCCGGAUCGUGCGCACGACUCCGUCGUUGUUGGCCUUGCACCGGAAUGUUUCUGUUACGAGAAGUUAAAUGAAGCCUUCCGGGUGCUGCACCAUCCCUCCGCUAUCCCUCCGCAGCUAGUCGCCAUCCAUGAAGGACGAUACUAUAAAGCCAAGGAUGGCAUCGCCUUGGGGCCAGGGUGUUUUGUAAAAGGGCUGGCGUAUAGUUCGGGCGUAACUCCGAUAUGCAUCGGCAAGCCAAGUGAACACUUUUUCUGCUCGGCUCUACCGGAUGGUGUUAGCGUUGAGGAGUGCGUUAUGAUUGGGGAUGAUCCAAACGAUGAUUGUUUCGGAGCGAUGAAACUGGGAAUCCGGGGCUAUCUGGUAGAGACGGGCAAGUAUCAACCGGAACGAGCGACGCCGGACAGCCAGCGACCGGCUGUUAGUGGAAUCUUUCCCACCUUUCACGAUGUGGUCGAACACAUCAUCGCCAGCUCACCAUCAUCAUCAUCUUAGGCCAUAUUUCGGAUUGUACAAUCACCAGC